AAUUUUCCUCUGCCAAUCUGUGGGGCCAUUUUUAAUCGGUCAACACCUUAAACUAGUAAUAGCACUAACAGUAACGUAGAAUAGUGUAACCAAUAUUCCUUCAAACUCUAGAACAAAUAGAAUAGUCUGUAAUCAGGCAAAGAAAAUUCAUUAGAUUUUUUAUAUAUAUAUAGCCUUACUUGUUGGGUACAUGAGAGAUAAGAGGAGUAUUUCAUAGAGCUUGCAAAGCCAAAGCCAUGGAGUUUUUCCAGGGGGCAAAGUCUGUGAGACUGAAAAGCCACCACAACAAAUAUCUUUAUGCAGGGGAUGAUGAAAUGACAGUCAAUCAAGACAGAGAUGGAACAGACAGAAAUGUUAAAUGGCAAGUUGAAUUCGUUGAAGGGCAGUCUAGAAUUAGAUUGAAGAGCUCUUAUAACUGUUAUUUGACAGCAACAGAGAUGCCAUUUCUGUUGGGAUGGACAGGAAAGAAGGUUUUACAGACUGUGCCCUCAAGGUUAGAUUCCUCUGUUGAAUGGGAACCAGUCAAGGAUGGAAAUUCUCAUGUUUUGCUUAAAACACAAUAUGGGACUUAUCUGCGUUCAAAUGGGUUCACUAAACCCUGGAAGAACAAAGUUACUCAUGACAUUCCUCACAGAACAAUUACACAGUAUUGGGUUUUCUGGGAGGUUCAAAUAACAGAAAUAGAUAUGGAUGCAAAGUUAGCUAUAUCACCCCCUAGCACACCACGUACACCCAAUGGACGGUCUAUAUACUAUGCUAUAGGUGAUGAGAAUGGAAACAUAAAGAAUGAAUAUGAGUGGCCUUACUUCAUUUUCAGGGGAAAUGACUUCAACAAAUUGAGCAUAAUGUUGGAGGAACAAAGUGGUCUUCAUGACAUUAUUAUUUGUGUCCGUCAUCCUCACACUAAAAAGUUGAUCCGAUUGGGUUUACAACUUCCUCCCAAUAAUGCACCUAUGCAUUUAGUACUUCUCCCAUCAUCAUCAAAUGGAACAAGAAGCUUGGCAUAAAUCUUUACUUGGUGGUGGUGAUACAUGUAGAUUCUUGAUGCUUGAGCAUUUAUUCUUUGGGUUAAGGACAUCCAUUUAAGCUACAAUAGUUCACCUCCAAUUAUCAAAAUACAGCUUGACCGAUGCCUCGUUUUUGUUUAAUAUACUACGGAUGUAAUGUAAUGUGGAUAUAGAAUAGAAUAUUAUCUCAAGUAAAUUGUAAUAUGCAUUACUUAAAAGUGAGAAUCAUGAAGCUUGAGUAAUGCAAGAUUAAUUUUUU